GCAGGUUGUUUUGGGUACCAGUGUGUACAGCAGUUCUCGGCUGUCUCGGAGUGUGAGGUUGGAAGGUAUAGCAGGGGAGUGUCUGUCUCUUGAAGCCAUGGCUGCUACUGGGUUGCUGAUGAAAUGUUGUGUUCUUCUCACGUACUGCAUAUUGACAGCUCAAUCACAUGCACCUUCCAUUGUUAUGAGUGACCCUGAUGUAAAAGUGGGUACUGAUAAAGUUCUUCCCUGUAAAGCUGGUGCAGAAGGAACCAUCACAUGGUGGCACAACGGUGAGGAGCUAGAGGAAGGUGAUGAAACCUCCAAUAAGCUUGUCGAAAAAAUCGAUGAAACCUCCAGUAAGCUUACAAUAAAAAAUGCCAAAUUGUCAGACUCGGGGACAUACAUGUGUAAGUGUGAAUACGAUGCGUCGGGUGAGGAGAAGAAGAUAUCCGUUGAACUCUUUGUAUAUGAGCCCAUUACCUUUGGCCAAACCGCGACAUACCAUGAGUUCCUGCAGGGCUCCAAGGCCCUCAUCCCCUGUCUCGCCACCGGGAAGCCGGCUGUGGAGGUCCAGUGGCUACAGAGCAACACACGGCUGGUGACUGAUGGUAUGCGGGGCACUCUCGCCUCCGAAUCCUCUGCUCUCUUCUGUGGAAAGUCACGGAUCACCAUGCGGCCAGACCACUCGCUCCAGAUUGAAAAUGUUCAGAGAGAUGACAGGGCCACGUAUACCUGCAAAGCCUGGAUACAAGGACGCCCAGUGCAUAGUGAGAUAGAAAUCUCUGUUGUCAUCAACGUUCCUCCAUCAGUGGAAAUAAAAGAUAAAAUGAAAAGUGUUAAAAGUGGAGCUGAUGCUUCAACCUCAAUAUCCUGUGCAACCUCCGGAGUACCCCAGCCAAACAUCUCAUGGGUAAUGCCUAUUGGACUGGACCCUGAGCGCCACAAGUUCAACUCAGACAAGAGCGAGCUCACCAUAACACCUGUGAAACCAGAGGACAAUGGAGAGUACAUUUGCACGGCCAAAAAUAAGAUUGGAGAGGCAACGGCCACCGCUUUUCUUGAUGUCUCAGAACACCCAGUGGUGAUUCUGAGUGAGACUGAAGUACGAGUCAAGCCGACAGAGAUGGUGUCUGUGUCCUGCAAUAUCACAGGGAAGCCCACCCCAACUCUAAACUGGAUUAAGAAGGGCUCAGAUGGAAUCACGGGCUUGAGGAGCAGCGGCCGAAUCAGAGUUGAGGGAUCCGACCUGAUCAUUGAGAACGUGGCGCCCUCCGAUGGCGGUCUGUAUUCCUGCAUCGCCAACAGCAGCUCUGGGAUCCAAGAGGAGGACUUCAGUUUGCAGACCUACCCAGGGAAGCCCACACAAGUGUCCGUGAAGGAGGGAGCAGCUGCGGCCACGUUCAGUCUGGGUCUCCCUGUGGUGGACGGAGGCUCCCCCAUCACUGGCUACAUCCUCCAGUGGAGGCAGAGUGCACAGCAGGAGUGGAACCAAACCGUCAUCCAGGCCACUGAUCCUAUGGUUGCCACGCCUUUGUUGCCCUACACUAAAUAUUCCCUUCGCCUGGCGGCCCAGAAUGCUGUUGGAGCAGGAGAGUUCUCUGAUGCCAAUGACGUUCGCACUCUGGGAGCGCGAGGUGAACCAGACAAACCUUUCCUCACAGAUGACGGCAUAGUGUUUGAAGACAACAUUGCUAGGAUCCCCUUUAAGCAACUAGACACUGGUGGUUCCCCUAUCAGUUCCUACAUGGUCCGUUACAAGUCGAGCAAAGAUGAUGAGUGGAGGGAGAAGGAUCUGCUCCGAAACGCCACAGAGAUCUACCUCCAUGACCUGAAGUACAGCUCUGACUACCACCUGGAGAUCAUUGCUCAGAACCCCAAAGGACCAUCCAUGCCCGCCACGCUGAACUUCACUGUCCCACAGCCCAGCGCAGCAACUAAAGCCGGUUUGGGGAAGGGUGGUGUGGUUGGCAUAGUGAUGUUCAUCUUCCUCAUCCUGCUCAUCGCUGUGGAUGCCACCUGUUGCUAUACCAACCGCUGUGGCAUGCUGAUGUUCCUGGCAGUCAAGCUGUUUGGACAGAAGGUGCCAGGGGCAAAGGGCAUGGAGGAGGGCGACACAAAUGGCAUUGACAUGAAGGUGAAUGGGGUAGAAUCUCCGCGGGGUAGCAUUCCAAAAGAGCAGGCGCCAAACGGCCAAUCCAAAGGGGCGCAGUCUGAGGUCACCUGCGACAAAGCACCUCUCACCAAAUUUGAGAAAGAACCAGCCAACGGGGAUCCAACCACAGAAGCCUGAGGCCCUUCCCUCUGGAUGGCGUGAUAAUGGAUAUGGCAAGCACAUGUGUACUGCACGACUUGAGGAGUGCAAGUAGGAGCUGAAGUGAUGCUAAACCCUCCUGAGGACUGUCACAGCAAUACACAGUAGUGCUGUCAGACUA